AUGUUUUCUCAAUUCUUUAUUUUGAACAAUAAAGGUGAAACUAUUAUUUUUAAAGAUUAUCGAUUUGAUAUUUCUAAAGAUAGUAAUGAAAUAUUUUUUAAACAUGUUCAAUCAAUGAAAUCUGAAAUUACACCAGCAUUUAAUAUUGAUGGUAUAAAUUAUUUAUAUAUUAAAAAAAGAGAAAUGUAUUUUGUUUUCACAACAAGAUUAUUAGUAUCACCAUCAUUAGGAUUUGAAUUAUUAAAUAGAGCAUCAAAGAUUAUUCAAGAUUAUACAGCAUCAUUAACAGAGGAAGCUAUUAGAUUGAAUUUUAUAUUAAUUUAUGAAUUAUUGGAUGAAUUGAUGGAUUAUGGUGUACCACAAUCAACAGGUACAGAAACAUUGAAAGCAUUUGUAUUUACACCACCAAAACAAAUUAAAAGUAAACAAUUAGAAUCCGAUUCAAUCAUUGAUAACUUUUUAAAAGCAACAAAUAAAAUAUCAGUACCACCAAAACAAGGUGUAAAACCAAUUCAUUCAGGUAGUAAAAACAGUAGUAGUGGUGGUAGUAGUUUAUCAACCAAUACAGUUUCAAAAGUUGUAAAUAAUAUUGUUGAUAGUAUAAGUGGUGCAGCAACCAAUUUACAUAAUUCAACCAGUGGUGGUGGUAGUGGUAGUGGUGUCACAGAUGCAGAUGGUGAUAAUGAAAUUUAUAUUGAUUUAUGCGAGAGAUUAACAGUAUUAUAUUCAUCUAAUGGUACAAUAUUAAGAAAUGAAAUUACAGGUAAAAUACAAAUGAAAAGUUAUUUAAGGGGUAACCCAGCAUUAUCGUUAGGGUUAAGUCCAGAAUUUACUUUUAAAACAAUUGCAAAUAGAGAUGAAUCAAACGAAAAUGAAAUAGAUAAUAAUAAUAUUGGUGGUGUUAGUAAUUUAUCAGCACCAAGUAGUAAUACGACAUCAUUUAUAGUUGAUGAUUGUAGUUUUCAUGAAUGCGCAGGAUCAGGAUUUCAACCUAAUAAUACCAUCAAUUUUAAACCACCACAAGGUGAUUUCACUUUAUUGAAAUAUCGUAUCUCCAAUAAUAAUUACACACCAUUUUUAGUUAAAACCAAUUUAGAAUCAACCAUUAGAAAUAGAUUUGAUUUGGUUGUUACAAUUCGUUCAAAUUUUUCAAAUAAAGUUGUACCAAAUUUCAUUUUCGUUUCAAUUCCAGUUCCAAAAUCAACCAAAUCAUUAACUCAUUCAUUAGAUUAUGGUAGUCAAAAUCAAAAGGUUGAAUAUAAACAAUCAACUCAAGCUGGUAAUCUUGUAUUUUGGAGUAUUAAAAAAUUAAGAGGUGGUAUGGAAACUAUCUUAAGAAUUCAAAUUCAUGUUGAUGGUGCUACCUCAUCAUCAUCAAAUAAUAAUCAACAACAACAACAACCUCAAAUCGAUGUAGGUUCAACUUUAAGAAAAGAAAUUGGUCCAAUUGGUUUAGAAUUCUCAAUACCACAAUUUAGUUGUAGUACUUUACAAAUUAAAUUCUUAAAAAUGUUAGGUUCAAAUAUUUCACCAAUACGUUGGAUUAGAUAUAUAACUGAUUCAAAAAGUUUUGUAUCAAGAAUUAAUAAUUAA